UAAUAAAAAUAUUGAACAAGAAUUAAUUAAUACGGAUUUAGAUUAUCAAGUAAAUAAUGAUAGUAAUGUUGAAGAAGAGAUAACUACUAAAUCUUAUAAUCAAAAAAAUCAAAUUCUUGAAAAAAAUAAAGAUCUUGUU